AUGUACGUCGUCAAGCGCGACGGGCGGACGGAGACGGUGCACUUCGACAAGAUCACGGCGCGCCUCAAGAAGCUCAGCUACGGCCUCAGCCAGGACCACUGCGACCCCGUCCUCGUCGCGCAGAAGGUAUGCGCGGGAGUGUACAAGGGCGUCACCACCAGCCAACUCGACGAGCUCGCCGCCGAGACGGCCGCAGCGCUCACGGCAUCGCACCCGGACUAUGCAUCGCUUGCCGCCAGGAUUGCCGUGUCCAACCUCCACAAGAGCACCAAGAAGUCAUUCUCCGAGACUAUCAAGGAGAUGUACCAGCACUACAACGAGAGAUCUGGGCUCAUGUCCCCUCUCAUUGCAGAGGAUAUCUACGAAGUCAUCAUGAAGAAUGCCUCUCGCCUGGACAGUGAGAUUAUUUACGACAGAGACUUUGAUUAUGACUACUUCGGUUUCAAAACCUUGGAGAGGUCUUACCUCUUGAAGCUUGGUGGAAACGUCGUGGAAAGGCCGCAGCACAUGCUAAUGAGAGUUUCGGUAGGGAUACACAAGGACGACAUUGACUCUGCAAUCAAAACCUACCAUCUCAUGUCUCAGCGCUGGUUUACUCAUGCUUCGCCAACCCUUUUCAACGCUGGUACCCCUAGGCCCCAGCUUAGCAGCUGUUUUCUCAUCUGCAUGAAAGAUGAUAGCAUUGAGGGAAUCUAUGAUACUCUCAAGGAAUGUGCUGUCAUCAGCAAAUCUGCUGGAGGAAUUGGUGUCUCAGUACACAACAUUCGUGCUACUGGGAGUUAUAUUCGAGGAACAAAUGGGACAUCCAAUGGGAUUGUUCCUAUGUUACGUGUUUUCAAUGACACUGCUCGUUAUGUAGAUCAAGGUGGAGGCAAGAGAAAGGGUGCCUUUGCUGUGUACUUGGAGCCCUGGCAUGCUGAUAUCUUUGAUUUCCUUGAUCUGAGAAAGAACCACGGCAAGGAGGAGAAUCGUGCAAGGGAUCUUUUCUUUGGUCUCUGGGUUCCUGAUCUAUUCAUGCAGAGAGUACAAAAUAAUGAGGAUUGGUCCCUGUUUUGUCCUUAUGAAGCUCCAGGGUUGGCUGAUUCCUGGGGCGAGAAGUUUGAGGACUUGUACAAGAAAUAUGAGAGAGAAGGCAAGGCAAAGAAAGUUAUUCCAGCACAGUCCCUGUGGUUUGACAUUUUGAAGGCACAGAUAGAGACUGGAACACCUUAUAUGCUCUAUAAGGAUACAUGCAAUAGGAAAAGUAACCAGCAGAAUCUGGGCACAAUCAAGUCUUCAAACUUGUGCACUGAGAUAAUUGAGUUCACAAGUCCUGAGGAAACUGCUGUCUGCAACCUAGCGUCUAUUGCUUUACCACGUUUUGUAAGGGAAAAGGGUGUCCCUAUAGAGUCCCAUCCAUCUAAGCUUGUUGGUAGCAAUGGAUCACAAAAUAGAUACUUUGACUUUGACAAGCUGGGCGAGGUAACUUCAACUAUUACUUACAAUCUAAACAAGAUAAUCGAUGUGAAUUAUUAUCCUGUUGAAACCGCAAAGAGGUCCAAUAUGCGACACAGGCCAAUUGGCAUAGGUGUUCAGGGCUUGGCAGACACUUUCAUGUUACUUGGCAUGCCAUUUGAUUCAGCUGAGGCUCAGCAGUUGAAUAGGGAUAUUUUUGAAACUAUUUACUAUCAUGCUCUGAAAGCUUCUGCUGAACUGGCUGCUAAAGAAGGUCCUUAUGAAACAUAUCAAGGGUGCCCUGUCAGCAAGGGCAUUAUCCAACCUGACAUGUGGAAUGUAGUGCCAUCGAGCAGAUGGAACUGGCCAGCUUUAAGGGAGACUAUUUCUAAAGUUGGAGUGAGAAAUUCUCUUCUUGUUGCUCCAAUGCCCACUGCUUCCACUAGUCAGAUUCUUGGCAAUAAUGAGUGCUUUGAGCCUUACACAUCUAACAUAUACAGUCGACGGGUUUUAAGUGGAGAGUUUGUGGUGGUUAACAAGCAUCUUCUCCAUGAUUUGACUGAGAUGGGCAUUUGGACACCUGCUCUGAAAAACAAGAUUAUUUAUGAAGAUGGUUCUGUUCAAAAGAUGACUGAAAUCCCUGAUGAUCUUAAGGCAAUCUACAAAACUGUUUGGGAGAUCAAGCAGAAAACGUUGGUUGACAUGGCUGUUGAUCGUGGAUGCUACAUUGAUCAGAGUCAGAGCCUUAAUGUUCACAUGGACCAACCAAACUUUGCGAAGCUAACUUCAUUGCAUUUCCAUGCUUGGUCCAAGGGCCUGAAAACUGGGAUGUACUAUUUAAGAACACGUGCAGCCGCUGAUGCUAUCAAGUUUACAGUGGAUACAGGCUUUUUGAAGGUGAAUGGGGACACUGAUGUCAAACCAGCAGAGGAAGAUGAUGAGGCCAAAAUGGCACAGGUCGUCUGUUCCUUGAACAACCGGGAAGAGUGCUUGGCCUGUGGAAGCUAGAUGCAUCCACAACAUCACACCCAUCUAUUUCUCAAAGAUAGCAGCAUUACACAACCCAACUGGCUGGUCAUUUGGAGUUCAAUAAUGUGAGAAACGAGUUGUUGAUGUAGGGUUUGGUUAAGAUUCAGUUAUUUUACUGUGCAGCCCUUGAUCGCUGAGAUGCCAGCUUUGG